ACUCACCCCACUCCACUCCCCCAAAGUGAGACGCGCUGAUUUGUCUUUCACAAUUUUUUCUGCACAAGUUUAGCGAAGUGCCCGAGAGACACCGCGACCCUGAGUCGCAGGAUUAACUUUUCCCGCUUCUUGAAAGUGAAUAUCGGACGUUUAAUAACUGGACGGGUUUAUAAACGGAGCCCCUCAUCCUGGACGGGCUGAAAACUUUCAACCGAGCAAAAUGAACCGGAGCUUUAAUAGUAAAUCGCAAUCUUUGCGUAGCUUAAACAUGAACGCGGUGGAAGUAAAAAGCAAGUAUGGGGCAGAGUUCCGAAGGUUUUCCAUGGAUCGACAAAAACCCGGCAAAUUUGAUGAGUUUUACAAUCUCAUCAUGACCAUCCACCGAAUCGCAAACAUGGAGUUAAUGAUCGGAUAUGCUGACGUCCAUGGAGAUCUCCUUCCCAUUAAUAACAACGAGAACUUCUGCAAGGCCGUGUCCACUGCACACCCCCUGCUGCGAAUCUUCAUACAGAGACAAGAAGAGGUUGACUACAGCAACUUUGGCACCAGCACACUGACCCGUAAAAAGAAGGCUGUUGUCACUCUCCGCAAUGACCUGAACCGGAAGCAGCCACAUAUCUGCAUUGGCAUGCCUCAGGACUUCCGUCCAGUCUCAUCCAUUAUUGAUGUGGACAUCCUUCCUGAGUCCCACCGGAGAGUCCGUCUCUACCGGCAUGGCUCGGACAAGCCUCUGGGCUUCUACAUCCGUGAUGGCACCAGUGUCCGUGUUACACCCCAUGGUUUGGAAAAGGUCCCGGGUAUCUUCAUCUCCCGCAUGGUCCCCGGAGGCCUGGCCGAGAGCACAGGUCUGCUUGCUGUCAAUGAUGAGGUCCUGGAGGUCAAUGGCAUCGAGGUGACCGGGAAGACGUUAGACCAGGUAACAGACAUGAUGAUUGCAAACAGCCACAACCUUAUUGUGACCGUGAAGCCGGCGAACCAGCGCAACAACGUGAUGCGCAGCAGUCGCACCUCCGGCAGCUCGGGUCAGUCAUCUGACAGCAGUGGUUCUGUGGGCUACCCCGCCAUCACUGCACCCACCGGUGCCACCGCCAUCAGCCAUGGUUAUAGCCCAGAAGAUCUGGAGAGUGAUGAGGAGUCAGACAUCGUAAUUGAGAGCAACAUCAAGCGGCCAUCACGCCGCUCCAACGCCUCGGUGGCUUCGACAGCAUCCCGGUCCCAGAUGCAAACGACUGCAACUGCCCCACCCAGCCCCCCUACACGACCCCAAACUAGACCCCCAUCCACCGUAUCGACAGUGUCUUUCCAUUCUCAACCAAGCUUUAAUGGCACAGUGCACAACAAUUUGAGUUACAAGCUUCACAAGGACCUUACCCUCCAGCACCACCCCUACCACAGCAGCAACCCCACCAUGAGGGGAAGCAACAGCAGCCUACACAAAAUCCUCAGCAGUCUGAGGACAGACCCCCGUCACAGCCUGGCUUUACCCAGAGGAGGGGUGGAGGAGGAUGGCACAGUCAUCACUUUAUAAUACACACAUUUGCAUAUUUGCAGGCCACAAAAUUCAGCCCCCACCCUCUUCCCCUUGAGACUCGGCCUUUAAGCCUUGGACGUCAGACUUGACUUUGAACCUCACAGACUUUAAGGGUUUUGUAAAACGAAUAAUUUAACAGAAACAUUAUCUGGAAAUUUUACUCUUUUAAAUGUUUGCUUUCAAUGUGUUAUGAUGUCUUAUCUGUCAAAAAAAUUAAUCCAAAUUAGUGGUGUGUUUAUUUUCCCAAGUGGAGACACUGAUUUUAUCACGUCUAUCAACUUUUUGUUCUUGUUUAGAGGUUACUUUUAAUCAUGUAAAUGUCUUCUGGGACCAGAAAUUAGGUUUAGUCCUGUGUGAUGUCAUGUUUUAUACUGUUUACAGUUCAUACCUGAAAAAAUUUGCCCCUGGUGUAAUGGAAAAGGCUGACAAAAAAUUAAUUUACACUUAAUCUGCCACAAACUUUUUGUUUGCCCUGCCUGAGCUAUUUUCCCCCAAGUUAAAAAAUUGGAUUAAUAUUUAUUAUGAAUUUCCAGAAAUUAAUAUUUCUAUUGAAUGUUUUAAUACCUUAAUACAGUAAAUAGCUGUUUUGCGAAUACCUCAACAAUUUUUGCUUGUAAUAUUUAACGUUACUUGUUUCAAAGUUACAGAAGAAUAUUGUAAUUCCACAAAUUAUGAAAAAUUACUUAAUGAGAUUCUAUCAUCUUAAGAUGUCUUAAAACAUAUUCUCAUCCCUUGUUUUAAGUAAUUUAUUUUUAUUUGUUUGGUUUAAUUAGAUGGUUUCUUGUGGUUUAAUUUGACUGCAUUGGAGUGCAGUGCACCAUCACAUUUAGGUAUUUGACACAUUGAUGUCUUCAAAAAGACCUCUUGACUUAAGGAGCCCAGUGGAAUGAGUAGUGGUUGGUUCUCUUUUUUAGUCACACAUAUAUUGUCACCUCACUGUUAAUGAACCCUUACCUCUGACCCCCACUAAGAUAACAACAGCUGAACACAAACCACAGAGUCGUAGUAGUCAGAUCUUUAAUGUUGGAUUAACAUUUUAAUCCAGCCAUUUAGCAUACUUCAGUCCAGUCAGAUUUAAGGCAUUAAAUAGGUUCAUCUGAGUCUUAUCAUCUUUUACAUUGGGAAUAAUUAUGUUUUGAAGCACACUCCAGUAGUGUGAUUAGGCUAAAGUAGUAUGCUCCUCCUUGGGGGGUUUCACUUUUUACCUGUCUUUCAGAAAUCUGUGGCAUACUUUUCUGUGUCAUUUACCACUGUGGAUAUACUUAUAUUCGUUUGCUUUGAGGUUGACUGCAUUGUUGUUUAUCAUGUUAAAACAAGGACUUUGAUAUUCAGCAUUUUUGUGGAUAUGUGCAUUUGUGGAGUCCCUACUACAGGCACAAUUUACCCAAACCAUACAAACUUAGUAUUUGGAUCUGACCACUGGAAAUUAAAUAUUAUGAUGUUUAACUUUGGAAAAAAAAGCAUCGUGCAUGGAGUAACACGUGCACAUUUGUCGAAAAAGAUGUAUUGUAAGUCGACAUCUGCUGGUCACUCUGGGAACUACCAGUACAGUACAUGGAUUGUCUCUCCUGCAUUCUUUUUUUUUUUUUUUUCAUUAAACCUUUAUACUGAUUUCUUGGUUAAUUUUUAUAUUCAUCUGGUUUAACAUUGAAUAAAUCUACUGGAAAAUUCAGAACAAAACUAGAUUAAAACGAUUAUAAAAGAAAUGGGAACAACGGAUUCUCCCUCAGUCAUGAUUUCAGUGUCAUAUUUCUGUUUUAUCCUCCCAUGUUGUAAAAAAUAAUGCAGAAUGUAGAAUAUUAUUUGAUGGUUUAACCUGAUGAUGUAGGGUAAUAUUAUGUGUCUUAAAAUGCUCCUGAAGGUUUAGUCGUAACAGCCAAGGGUAAACUACAUUUAAAAUGUUUGUUUUCAAGCCCUUUCAAUACAAAAAUACAUGGAACAUGAGAAUAUUGUCUUUUUUUUUUUUUUUUUUUUUUUUUUAAACUGAUGUCAUACUUUUUUUUAAAGGAUAUAAUAAAUUCUGAGAUGGACAAAUGCAUUCUUAUUUGUUU